AUGACGGAGUGCUUCCUGCCGCCCAGCAGCAGCCCUGGAGAGCAGCGCAGGGCUGAGCACCAAGGGGGCGUGGCCCGCACCCCCAGUUCUGAGGAGAUCAGUCCCACCAAGUUUCCUGGGUUGUAUCGCACGGGUGAACCAUCGCCGCCCCAUGAUGGACAUCAUCAUGAGCCUCCUGACACCUACGUCUCCGAUGAUGAUAAAGAGCACGGAAAGAAAAAGAACAAGUUCAAGAAGAAGGAGAAAAGAACGGAGGGAUACGCCGCCUUCCAGGAGGACAGUUCAGCCGAUGAAGCGGAGAGCCCGUCGAAGAUGAAGCGCUCCAAAGGAAUCCACGUGUUCAAGAAGCCGAGCUUCUCCAAAAAGAAAGAGAAGGACUUUAAGGUGAAGGAGAAGGGCCCCAAAGAGGACAAGGCCAAGGAGAAAAAGUCCAAGGACCUGACCGCGGCAGAUGUAGUCAAACAGUGGAAGGAGAAAAAGAAGAAGAAGAAGCCUGCCACAGAGGCAGAGCCGGUCCCCGUGGAGACCCCCACCUUCAGGCCCAUCUUUGGAGCCCCCCUGACGGAAGCGGUCAAGAGGACAGCUCUGUACGACGGCAUCCAGCUGCCGGCCGUCUUCAGAGAAUGUGUGGACUACAUUGAAAACUAUGGCAUGAAGUGUGAGGGCAUCUACCGGGUCUCAGGUAUGAAGUCCAAAGUGGAUGAACUGAAGGCGGCGUACGACCGCGAGGAGUGCCCGUGUCUGGAGGAGUACGAUCCUCACACGGUGGCCAGCCUGCUGAAGCAGUACCUCCGCGAGCUGCCAGACAACCUGCUGCACCGAGACCUGGCCCAGCGCCUGGAGGACGCCUGCGGGCGGCAGGCGGAGGCCGAGAAGGUGACGGAGUUCCAGAGGCUGCUGGCCGAAGUGCCGCCGGAGAGCAAACUCCUUCUGUCUUGGCUCGUCACGCACAUGGACCACGUCAUCGCCAGAGAGGCAGACACCAAGAUGAACAUUCAGAACAUCUCCAUCGUCCUCAACCCGACCAUACAGAUUGGGAACCGGGUUCUGUAUGUGUUCUUCACUCACGUGAAGGAGCUGUUUGGAGACGUCGUCUUGAAGCCGGUGGUGCGGCCGCUGCGCUGGUCCAACAUGGCAACGAUGCCGGCGCUGCCUGAGACGGCGGAGAGCAUCAAAGAGGAGAUCCGUCGGCAGGAGUUCCUCCUGAACUGCUUGCACAGAGACCUGCAGGCGGGUGUGAAGGAUUUAUCCAAAGAGGAGCGACUCUGGGAGGUUCAGAGGAUCCUGACUGCUCUGAAACGCAAGCUGAGGGAGGCGAAGCGUCAGGAGUGUGAGAGCAAGAUUGCCCAGGAGAUCGCCAGCUUGUCAAAGGAAGAUGUUUCAAAAGAGGAAAUGACCGAGAACGAAGAGGAAGUCAUCCACCUGCUGUUAUCACAGGAAAACGAGAUCCUGACGGAGCAGGAGGAGCUGAUCUCCCUGGAGCAGGUGCUGCGCAGACAGAUUGCUACUGAGAAGGAAGAGAUUGAGAGGCUGCGAGCGGAGAUCGCUGACAUACAGAGCCGGCAGCAGGGUCGCAGUGAGACGGAGGAGUAUUCAUCUGACAGCGAGAGUGAGAGUGAAGAUGAGGAGGAGCUUCAGAUGAUUCUAGAAGAUCUGCAGAAGCAAAACGAGGAGUUGGAGAACAAAAACACCCACCUGAACCAGGCCAUCCAUGAGGAGCAGGAGGCCAUCCUGGAGCUCAGAGUCCAGCUCCGCCUCCUCCAGAGCCACAAACAGCAACAGGAAGUGGCAGUGCCGCCGGCGGCGGAGCAGGCCCCUCCCACACAGCCGAGCCCGGAGGCACGCAGCGAAGAGCACACCAAACGCGCCGCCGUCCCCACGGCUCCUCCCACUGACACGGCAACCCUGACCAAUGGAAAAACCGCAAAGGAUCCUGCGAAGCCCUCGCCGAGCAAAGACAGGAGAGACACCAACAUGUGAGCCGAGCGAAGCUGUCCGUCUCCACCGCUGGUCAGCUGUAGGGGUCCGCUGAAGCUCGCAAAGAUGGGGGGUUUUUGUUCUUAAAACAGGUGUCCAAGAAGAAGGCUAGUGUCCAGGCCCCAGCACCUAAACCUCUUCAGUUUCCAGGGAGGAAUGCAGCUUUAGCAGAAGCCAAGACGUUUGCAGGGACCACGUUGUUAUAUCUGCUGUGCCAAGACCGUGAAAGAGAGAGGGGGGGGGGGGGGGAGCAGAAAUGAAGCCAUUUCUGAAGGGAGGGGUGCGAGAGAACCCUGUGCUUUAAAUGAUUCGGGUUAGGAUCGAAUAAAGAGUAGUCCUCGUAAGUCAGCUUAAGGCGAAUGAAGCAUGUCAGGAAAUGACCACUGUGCCAUAAAGUAAGAACCCCGACUAUUCCAAGAGAACCACUGAUUUAGACAUUUCAGUAUUGAAGACUUUAGGAUCGGUCUAUCUGCAUAGGAUAUAUUUUAUCUAAUAUUCUGGCAUCAAAAACUAAAUACGUCUUUUUUUUUAAUCAAAGCCUUCCAUUAAUGUUUAAAUGAGUCAACGGUUUCUUUAAACAGCAGAUCUGUGUUGCUCUUCACGGCUGAUGAGCAGCAAACCGAUACGCAGCAGCGUACGGCGAACACGGGAAACGUCACGUGUGUUUAGUUUCAUGUUGUGCAUCUUUGGUGAUGUGCAGGCUCUGUUUGAAUGUGUGAAGAGAUGCAGCCCAUCAGCUGGAAAACCCUUCAUUUGGCCUCAAACCCGCGGCUGCAGAGCAUUUCAUAGUUCAGAGUUAUUUCAAGGCGCUUGGCAUGACCGACUUUCAGUCGGGUGUUUAUGUGAAAAUGCAAAUGUUCUUUUCAGCGUUUAUGUUUUCUUGUGGUUAAUCACUUAAAGUGUGUGAAUAAUGCAAGCGUAACACCCCCCACCCCCCACUUGAGUCACGGUUUGCAAACUGUGGCGAUUUCAUCAGGACUCCUGAUCCAGUGUUGUGAAUCCUGUGACUGAAACACGCCGGAUUGGGCUCAGCAGCUCCCGUCAGCUUAUUUUCAUAUCGCUCUGAGCUUUGGUAGCAGAUUGUUACAGACAAACUAAUGCUGUGAAGAAUAAAGUAUCAUUCUUAAAACUUUU